AUGCAGAAGAUAUUGAAACGAUUCUCCACCCGUAACAUCACACAAACAGCCCCAAAUUCUCCUUUAAAAAAAAGUAAUACGGCAACUAACACUCCACUGUCAUCACCUCCUCAUUUUCACCCAUUUCGGAAACUCACCCACUCCGUAACGUAUUCGUCAGACUUCCAAGACUCCGAUUUUGAAGAACUCGACGAGUUGGAAAAGUACGAAAAACUGCCGGACGACUUGUUAUUUAAUGUCAUAGAAACGACAAUCAAUAGACACGGCGGACGCGCCAAGUUAAAAUCGAAUCCAUCGGAACUGUAUGAGAAAUACAAUCAUGUCCCUUUGUUUAAUGAGAUGUUAUUAGUUGCUCUAAAAUACGGAUGCACACUGCUACUGCCUCAAAACAUCCACCCCACAGUCGACUUCUUUUUGACACAUUUGGUUCGGAGGCACCCAACCUCUAAUAAGGCUGUCACACUGAAUGGAAACUAUGUCAAAAUUUACAACGAACACAUCGAUGUGUUCUUCCAGCCUGAGAACUCUAAGACGUUUCCUUGGAAAAUGUGUCUUGGCGUCUUCAAGAACUUCCCAAAGUCCUUUGAUGAUAACUUACCACCAGACAUCGAUUUGAAUGAUGAGAAGAAGACCCUUGGUAUCGAAGACACCGUUGGUAUUGAUGGGAAUGGACUUGUAAUGACCCCAUAUGGCGACUUACCUGUUCUUCUGAUCAGCAGACCGUUUAAUCUUGAGGGGUGUUCUUGGGGUGUUAAAUUUGACGAACUGAAUACGUUUGAGUGGUGCGAUUUACAACUUGUCCAAAUCAACAUGGACGCUUUUGAUGGCGAUAUUGAUGAAUGGAUGUACGUUGAUGUCUAUAUCGACAAGUCGCUGAAAUUUGCGAUAGAGCUAGAGAACCAAAGUGAGCUUCACGAGGUCAAAGAGUACGUUGAGAUUGUCAUCGAGAAAAUUGGGGAGAUGGUGAGUGGGAAGAGCUUUGAGGAGAUGAGCAAAUUGUUUAAUAAGAUCGUGAAUGGGAUCAUGAAGAAAGUGAAUGGGAUUUGUCUUGGGGAAAGUCAAGAAGAGAUCCGGAGAGCAAUAGAAGGGGUAUUAGUUCAUCAUUUAUUUAACGAGAUAUGGCCGCCUCUCAUAGAAGAGAAUUAUAAGAUACAUCAAGAUUUGUGUGACAAAGACAAAGAAAUAGACUGGAGGAUUCGGGCUUUACAAUUUGUUCAAUUGAAAGACUUUGAGAUUGAAUUUAUGUCGAGUGAAGUGGGUCAUAAAGGGAUAGUAGUUACUAUACAACAAUUACGAAGACUGAAUUCAUUCAAAAAUCCACAUCAAAAAGCUAUGAUAAUCAUCUCCGCUCUCAAGUUUUUGCAAUUUGUCAUCCAAAAGACUUGCCCGGGAAAUGGGCCGGUAUCCGCAGACGUCUUCUUCCCAACUUUGGUAUAUGUCAUCAUUAAAGGGAAUAUACCUUAUUUUGCGUCAAAUAUCGGAUUCAUUAAAGCAUUCAUGCAAAACCCUAUUGAUGAGCUGUCAUAUUAUUUGACAUCAAUCGAAUCAGUCUUUUGCUUCAUUAAAGACUUGGAAGGGAAAAACAUCGGGUGGGACGAACAAAGCUUCUACGAGGCUAUUAACUUCUCUAAGAUCCAUUACUCGCCAUUUGACUCCGCUUCUUUAAAUGUACUCAGACCACAAAGGCAAAUCAAUUUACCGACAUUCGAGAGAAUUAAAGAGUCAAGCGAAAUUGUGGGGAGAAUGAAAAAGCAAUUAUUGGACGCUUUUAUAAUGGUGACACACCAAAAUGAAGAGCUCAAGAAGCAACUUGACAAAUAG